UUGGGAAAAUCCGUUGGUGAGCUUCAGAGGCCGUGUCGUUUUUGCUAGUGUUGGACGUGUUUUCGUCGUUGUUGCUCAAUUUCUUGGAUUAUUCCUCCUCCCUCUUGGUGUACCCCCUCGUGUUGUGUGCCCCCAAGUGCCCUGUGCUCAUUUUUUCACAAAGGAAAACCCCCUCAAGAGAUCACGUGAACCAUGUCUGAGGAAAAACAGGAGAACGGCAGUGCCAGCAAUGGUGAAGUUCCCGAGAUCGAGCUCAUUAUAAAGGCAUCCACAAUUGAUGGACGAAGAAAGGGGGCUUGCUUGUUUUGUCAGGAGUACUUUAUGGACCUCUAUCUUCUGGCAGAGUUGAAAACAAUCAGUCUAAAGGUCACAACAGUGGAUAUGCAAAAACCACCUCCAGAUUUUCGUACCAACUUCGAGGCAACACAUCCACCAAUUCUCAUUGAUAAUGGUUUAGCCAUAUUGGAGAAUGACAAAAUUGAGCGGCACAUAAUGAAAAAUAUCCCAGGUGGAUACAAUUUGUUUGUGCAGGAUAAAGAAGUGGCAACACUCAUUGAGAAUUUGUAUUCCAAAUUAAAACUAAUGCUAGUGAAAAAGGAUGAGACAAAAAAUAAUUCACUCCUGGCGCAUCUCAAGAAGAUCAAUGAUCACCUGGCGAGUCGUGAUACGCGAUUCCUCACGGGUGACACAAUGUGCUGUUUUGAUUGUGAACUCAUGCCUCGUCUGCAGCAUAUCCGAGUUGCUGGGAAGUAUUUUGUGGAUUUUGAAAUUCCCACACACCUGACAGCUCUUUGGCGCUACAUGUAUCACAUGUACCAAUUGGACGCAUUCACGCAAUCGUGCCCCGCUGACCAGGACAUUAUUAAUCACUACAAAUUGCAACAGGCUAAAGGUGAUAUCCAGAUGCUUAAAAUGAAGAAGCAUGAGGAAUUGGAGACACCAACGUUCACAACAUCAAUCCCCAUUGAUAUUUCUGAGUGAAGUUAAUUGGUAGGGAUGGAAGGAGGUAACAUUUUGGCAGUAUAGUUGGAAAAGCCGCCCCCACGCAGAGAGAGAGAGAGAGAUGGAGAAGGAGAAAGAGUAUUCCGAGAAGAAGGAAAAGAACCAUGAAAAUCUUCCAACAAUUCAGCAUUGAAAGUCUUUUUUUCAAAACAGUUAAGAAAAAGAAAAGUUUGUGUAUUUAAGUAACAAAUACAACCGCAGUUUCCUUAAUUAUCAAACAGAAAUAGAAUAUGCAGAAAGAAAAAGCUAUAAAUAUUUUAAUAUAUUAAAUUAUAAUAUGUACAUGAAAGAAGGAAAAAAAAAGCUAUUUGAUAGUAUAAAUUAUUAACAAGAUAAAAUGAAGAAAAAAAUUUUAUACCAAGAAAAUUUUCCGAUACUUUUUUUUAUACCCAAGAUAAGAAGAUUAAGAGAAAAAAAACACAAGAAACGAUAGAAAAUUACUACGACAGUGGGAAAACCUUGGAAAAUUCUUUUGUACUGUAGUUUAGCGAGGCAGAAAAAAACUAAAAUAUACAAUGAACUGAGAAAAGUAUAAAAAACAAUCAAAAAAGAUUUAUAGAAUAUAGUAAAAGAUGUACAUAAAGUUUUUUUUAAUUUUAAGGAAAAAAUGUAUUUUUUUUGAAGAAAAAAUGUUCUUUUCAUUUCUAAUAAUUAGAGAAAGAAAAUUAAUUUACUGUUUAUGUGAGAACACCGAAAAAAAUGUACUUUUCUUCCGUAGGCCUUUCAUUGAAAAAAAAAAAAACAUCUCUUGAAGAGAAUAUUUUGUCUGUUUCUUUCUCCUAUUUUUAAUUGAUACAAAAAUAUUAUUCAAAUAAAAUGGAAUUUGCCAUAAAAAAUU